GCCUCCUACCUUGUGACACAUCCCGGGUCCUCCCGGAGGCGGCUGCAGCGGCAGUAGCACUAACAGCGCCUCCAACCGGAGCCGCAACCCCAGACUCAGCCUCCACCCCGGCCCCGGCGCCACUGCUGCAGUCAUGGCUGCUGAUGGGGUGGACGAACGCUCGCCUCUGCUCUCCGCAUCCCAUUCUGGAAAUGUCACUCCCACGGCCCCACCAUACUUACAAGAAAGCAGCCCCAGAGCGGAACUCCCACCUCCGUAUACAGCCAUUGCCAGUCCAGAUGCCAGUGGUAUUCCAGUAAUAAACUGCCGCGUGUGCCAAUCUCUCAUCAAUUUGGAUGGCAAGCUUCACCAGCAUGUGGUUAAGUGCACGGUUUGCAAUGAAGCUACGCCAAUCAAAAACCCCCCAACAGGGAAGAAGUAUGUUAGAUGCCCUUGUAAUUGUCUCCUCAUUUGUAAGGACACAUCACGGCGAAUAGGAUGUCCAAGACCCAACUGUAGACGCAUAAUUAACCUUGGCCCAGUAAUGCUUAUUUCUGAAGAACAGCCAGCUCAACCUGCAUUGCCAGUCCAACCAGAAGGUACAAGAGUUGUGUGUGGGCACUGUGGAAAUACGUUCUUGUGGAUGGAACUGAGGUUCAACACUCUGGCAAAAUGCCCACACUGCAAAAAAAUUUCCUCUGUGGGUAGUGCACUUCCUCGAAGACGCUGCUGUGCAUAUAUUACCAUUGGAAUGAUAUGUAUUUUCAUUGGAGUUGGAUUAACUGUUGGCACCCAAGGUUUUGCAAGGCGAUUUCAUGCAACCUAUGUUUCUUGGGCAGUUGCUUAUUUCUUAGGUUUGAUCUGCCUUAUCCGAGCUUGUUAUUGGGGAGCUAUAAGAGUGAGUUAUCCAGAACACAGUUUUGCAUAAGCUUGUUUAUGAUUUGGUAAUGCAGGUGAGAGUAUCUAGCAGUUCUGGAUAAACUACUCUGGCAUCUUUAAAUCAUUUACCUAAUGGAUUUCAUUCUGGUUUAUGUAUGAAGUUUUAAGACUUUGGGAGUCUUUUAUGAACAAAUGCUCAUUGUACUACAUUAUAUGCAGAUAGGUUGUUUUGCUGCUAAGUUUUCAAGCUCCAAAUAAUAAAUCUUGGUCUUCAUGU